UCCGACUUUCCAAUUUUCGUCUUUCUCAAACUCUUAUUUUAUCUCUCACCUCAAUCUCUUGCAAUAGUUUCCGUUUUUUACCUUCUCAAUCUCUAAUUUGUUGAGAAUCCAAAGAUCACUUCAAAUCCCAAUCAAAACAAAAAACAAAUGGCAGAAUCCAAGGAAUCCCACAUAGUAGAAAUCCCUGUAAAUCAAGAUGAUCUACAACUCAAAUCUGCAAUCAUAAUCCAACAACAUCCAAUGAUGGAAAUCUCUAAAUGCCCAGGUCAUCUUCUCCUUUUAAAACUAUGGCAAAGAGAAGAACAUCUUUUCGCCCGUCGAAUUUCCCUCAAUGAAUCAAAACUUGAUCAACUUCGCCGCGAAAUCUUUCAACUCUGUUGUUCUUUCUUUAUCUUUCACGCCUUCGUUUCCACACUCCUCUUCGCCUCGGCUUCUACCACCAUGGAAGCUCAAAUGGGUGUUUUUCGGUGUAAGAAAUGGUGGAUCCCAUCUAUCGUUGUGGGGUCCACUUCGACUGCCAUUGUUGUACUUGUUCAGGUGAAGCUAUGGAGGUAUUGGAAGGUAACAGAGAGGUUAAGAAGAGAAAAAAGCGAUAACAGAACACUUGGGAGAUCAAUUCAAGAACUGAGAAUGAAAGGGGCUGAUUUCGAUUUGUCAAAGGAACUGAAUAUUGAGAAUUAUAGCAAGAAGAUUAAGAAAAGUUCAAGUGUUGAGAUUAAAUGGAAACCUAAAAUAUGGUGUUCUAAUAACUUAGUUACUUUUUGCCUUGUUCUAUUUGCCGGUCUUGCAAUUCCUGCUCCUAAAUUAUUCCUCUGCUUCAUUUAAUAGAAUACAUGACAAUUUAAGCAGUAAUCAGCAGCAUUUUUUUUUUGAAUUUUAUUUUAAAUUAUUACAUGCUAUUUUUUUUUUAAUUUCUUGAUGAAAUCUAUAUAUUUUUUAUUUGUACAAAGAAGGCAAAUUCUUUAGUCUAUUUUGAGGAUAUGAAGUGGGAAAAUUUAGGGGUGCAAAUUAUAAAGUAAUGGCACCACUCCUUGUGGAAUAUAAUUACUUAAGAAAAUCAUCAU